UCCGUUUUUUUGGGGGUUUUUGUUUUUUGCAAGUAACGAUUUUCUUCUACAGUCUUUGCUUUAAUUCUUUGGAGUCCCUGCACCUGUGGUCUAUUUAGAUCUCUUUCUCUUCCACUAAAGUUCUCCAUGAGUUUGCAGUUGGAGCGGAGAAGCGCCUGAUCUCGGCGGGAAGCGGACGCAAGAUGACCAUCCACGCCGAGGGUCUCGUCGCUAUUGUGCUUUUUUAUGUCUUGAUUCUGUUCGUGGGGAUCUGGGCUGCCUGGAAGAACAAAAACUCUGGAGUAACCGAAGGCGGGGACCGGAGCGAGAGCAUCAUGGUCGGGGGGAGAGACAUCGGGCUGUUCGUCGGAGGAUUCACAAUGACCGCCACUUGGGUGGGUGGAGGCUACAUCAAUGGGACAGCAGAAUAUGUCUACCUGCCAGGCAACGGCCUGGCCUGGGCACAGGCACCCUUUGGUUACGCACUCAGCCUGGUAGUAGGUGGCCUUUUCUUUGCCAAACCCAUGCGAUCACGUGGGUACGUCACCAUGCUGGAUCCCUUCCAGCAGCUGUAUGGUAAAAGGAUGGGUGGGCUGCUCUUCAUUCCAGCACUCAUGGGGGAAAUCUUCUGGUCUGCAGCCAUUCUGUCUGCCUUAGGCGCCACUCUCAGUGUGAUUGUGGACAUAGGCAUCAACAUGUCAGUCGUGAUCUCAGCGCUGAUCGCCAUCUUCUACACUCUGGUUGGUGGAUUAUACUCUGUCGCGUACACGGAUGUGGUCCAGCUCUUCUGUAUCUUUUUAGGCUUGUGGAUUAGCGUGCCUUUCGCCCUGUCCAACCCGGCUGUAUCAGACAUCGGCAUCACAGCCACAGAAGUCAUCUAUCAGUCUCCCUGGCUGGGGAAGAUUGAACCUGAAGAUAAAUGGUUCUGGGCAGACAAUUUCUUUUUACUGAUGUUGGGGGGGAUUCCCUGGCAGGUCUAUUUUCAACGGGUUCUUUCUGCCUCUUCAGCUACCUACGCACAGGUCCUCUCUUUCCUCGCUGCCUUUGGUUGCUUGGUCAUGGCCGUCCCCUCAGUCCUCAUAGGAGCUAUAGGGGCUUCCACUGACUGGAACCAAACUACUUACGGCUCCAUCCCUCCAAAAGACAAGGAUCAGUCGGAUAUGAUCCUUCCCAUCGUGCUUCAGUACCUUUGCCCACCCUACGUCUCCUUCUUUGGUCUUGGGGCGGUGUCGGCCGCGGUCAUGUCCUCCGCCGACUCGUCCAUACUCUCAGCCAGCUCCAUGUUUGCCAGGAACAUCUAUCAGCUCGCCUUCCGGCAGUCGGCUUCAGAUCGAGAGAUUGUUUGGGUGAUGCGCCUCACCAUCUUUGUAUUUGGAGCUCUUGCCACUGCAAUGGCUUUGCUAACCCAAUCCGUCUAUGGCCUGUGGUACCUGAGUUCUGACCUGGUCUACGUCAUCAUUUUCCCUCAACUUCUUAGCGUGCUGUUUGUCAAGGGAACCAAUACCUAUGGUUCAGUGGCCGGUUAUAUCUUUGGUCUGUUGCUGCGUAUCGGUGGAGGGGAGCCCUACCUCAAGCUGCCUCCGUUUAUCUUCUACCCCGGCUGGGUGGUGGCGGAGAAGAUCCACCACCUCACUGGAGACGUGGAGUACUUUGUCCAGCAAAGGUUUCCCUUCAAGUCCGUGUCCAUGGUGGCGUCAUUUCUGGCAAAUGUGGCCUUUUCUUAUUUGGCAAAGUACCUAUUUGAAAGCGGCAUUCUGUCACACAAGUAUGACUUCCUGGAUGCCGUGGUGUCCAAGCACAGCAAGGAGAUCAUGGACAAGACGACACUGGUGAGCAACCACGACAACAUCAUUCUGUCAGAGAUGGCUCCGGUCAGGCAGUCACUGGGCGCUUCGCUGGCCGGUACCUUCACCAACGCCGAAGCCCUCAGUGACGAUGGCGCGUUGAGUCCGGAGGAUUUUCACAUUGGUGACUAGAAAACAAAGGCACAACACAACCAUCAAGGAAUAUAAAGAAGAAGGAAUACUGAAAAAAGGCAUCGCCAUUCUCCGGGAAACUUGCUACUGCCACACUGGGAGCCAAAUCAACAGGAAUCUGCUGUGUGGCUUUCAAGUGACUCCACAAGUUUAUGUAAUGGCGAUGACAUGGUGCCUCCUCCUAUUUUGAGAUUCCUUGUGGAAGAACAAGACACUGACUUUCAUUCAGCUGUGCGAAACAUGAGAUACUCACUCGUUGUUUUCUUGACAUGACUCUGUGAAUCUACAACCAUUUUGAUUUAAGUGCUGCUACAGUGACCAGGGGGAUUUU